GAUCCUCCAAAGAUCAGUGUUCGGUACUCAAUUGGAAGUUUAGUGUUAAGCGACAAAAAUCGUUCCGGUAACACCGAAGUCCAAUCUGAAGCAAAAGUGUGAAUCCAAGAAAAUAACAAAAAUGUACUCGAAAAUGAUUGCUGUUUUGGCGUUUGCCGCCGUUGCUGUUGCUGCUCCACAGCACCAGGAAGCUGCCCGAUUCCCAGCUGGAGUGGAUCCGGCUGCUUGUCCAUCAUACCCCAACUGCGACAACGCCGCCCUGCACAACCCACAACCACAAAACAAUCACGCUGCUAACCACUGGAACCCGAACUGGAACGCUCAGCCAGCUGCCCCAUCCUGGAAUGCUCAGCCAGCUGCCCCAUCAUGGAACCCUCAGCCAGCUGCUCAUUCGUGGAACCCACAGCCUGCUGCUCCAGCGUGGAAUGCUCAGCCAGCCGCUCCAGCAUGGAACGCUCAGCCAGCCGCUCCAUCCUGGAACGCUCAGCCAGCCGCUCCAUCCUGGAAUGCUCAACCACACUGGAAUUCCUUCCCAGCUGUUUCAGGACCAGCUAAUAAUCACUUGGCUUCCGCUCCAGCUCCAACUGCUGGUGGUGACAAGUACCCAGCCGGUGUGAACCCACAAACCUGCCCCAACUACCCAUUCUGUGAUAACUCUGCCCCAGCUGGAGCCCAACAGGUUGCCCCUCUGCCAGGAUACACUGAACGCCAGUACCCCGCCGGAGUGUCCCCACACAGCUGCCCAAACUUCCCAUACUGUAACUAAACUUCUGUGAUAAGCCAUUCUGACCUCAA